CACUGCUUCUUAUUGUACACAUAGCCUUCUAUCAAGCCACACUUAGAAAACUCUAUACUUUCCCCUUUAUAUAAGUUAUGGAAAACGUUCAAGUAGGGAAAGUUAAUAUUCAUAGUACUAAAGAAACUAUACAAAAUGACGUUAUGGAAGAAGCCUCAACUUCUCACGCUGAUAGCACUGCGCCUCCAAACGCCGCCUCUUCAACUUUACAACAAAUUUCAAAGGUAGAAAAACCACUCAGAAAUCAUUUAGCCGAGCAGCAAGUUAUUCGUGCGAAUACUUCCAAAAACGAAGGUUCCAUGACUUCGUCUAACACAGUAAUUACUUUCCAACAACAAGCUUGGAUUGAAGAAGAUAAAACUGACCUACGGGCAUUUCGUCCACUACUCCGUCCACAACUCAUGAUAUAAACAUGAUGACACCCAAUAUGAAAAAUUUGAAUGCUCCUGGUCGAUAUACUACAGAUUCUGCUAACUUUUCUUCCCCUUCAACUCCUUUAGAUUCUUCUCCUUCAGGAACCUUUAAUCAAUUUUCUGUAAAUACAGAUAAAACAACUCCUGGACAGCAAAAUAAUCCUAAUGCAGCAAAAGCAAAACCAUUUGUUUGUAAUGUGUGUAACCAGACUUUUAGCCGACAGCAUAACCUGAAAUCUCAUGCCUUAACUCAUUCCCAAGAAAAACCGUUCCAGUGUGAAAUAUGCCAUCAUUUCUUUCGUAGACAUCAUGAUUUGAAAAGACAUGCAAAAUUACAUACAGGAGAAAAACCAUAUCAAUGUCAACAUUGUAAAAGGAAAUUUGCAAGAUUGGAUGCGUUGAAUAGACAUUUACGAGCCGAGAGUUUUUGCGGUGGACCACAGAAAAAACUUUUUCAGAAUUCGGAAUCCAAGUUGGAACCAACGUCGUCACAACAGCCACUUCUUCAACCACCGCCACAACAACCUGUGCCACAACCACAACAAUCAAUUCAGCCGCAAACGAAACCACAAUUAGAUCAAAAGCAAAAUUCACAACAGACACCACCACAAUUACAGCAACAGCAAUAUAAACAAUCCGUUGAAGAUUUACAAAAAAAACAGGCUCAAAAUCAACCUAAUAACAAUACAUCAGUUACUAAAAAU